AUCAAACGGGCAGUCUACAUUACAGUACAGAGAGAAAGCCAGAAGCCAUUCUCUGUGUGUGUGUGAGAUUGAGAGAGAGAGAGAGAGAUGGAGGGCAAAGAGGAAGAUGUGAGAUUGGGAGCGAACAGGUUCGCGGAGAAGCAACCACUCGGGACGGCAGCGCAGAGCCAAGACAAGGACUACAUUGAGCCACCGUCGGCGCCGCUGUUCGAGUCCGGCGAGCUGUGUUCAUGGUCGUUUUAUCGAGCUGGGAUCGCCGAGUUCAUGGCUACUUUUCUCUUCCUGUACAUCACUGUCUUGACGGUGAUGGGUGUUGCUAAGUCAGAUUCCAAAUGUUCGACGGUUGGGAUUCAAGGAAUUGCUUGGGCCUUCGGUGGCAUGAUCUUCGCCCUCGUCUAUUGCACUGCGGGCAUUUCAGGAGGGCAUAUUAAUCCGGCUGUGACAUUUGGACUCUUGCUGGCGAGGAAGCUGUCGUUGACAAGAGCAGUGUUCUACAUGGUGAUGCAAUGCCUGGGAGCCAUAUGUGGUGCUGGUGUUGUGAAGGGGUUUCAGAAGUCCCAAUACGAGAUUUUGGGUGGUGGUGCCAACUUUGUCGCACAUGGUUACACCAAAGGCUCUGGUCUUGGUGCUGAGAUCGUCGGAACCUUUGUUCUCGUUUACACCGUCUUCUCCGCCACCGAUGCGAAGCGCAGCGCCAGAGACUCCCAUGUCCCUAUAUUGGCGCCACUUCCUAUUGGGUUCGCCGUGUUCUUGGUGCACUUGGCGACGAUUCCGAUCACCGGUACCGGGAUUAACCCAGCUCGGAGUCUUGGUGCGGCUAUCAUAUUCAACAAGGACCGAGGUUGGGAUGACCAUUGGAUUUUCUGGGUUGGACCAUUCAUUGGGGCAGCACUUGCAGCACUAUACCACCAGGUGGUGAUCAGGGCAAUUCCUUUCAAGAAGUGAUGUGUUUUGGCUUUUAUUUAAUAUAUGGCUGGCUAGCCAUCAAGUCUCAAGCAUGGGGUGGUCUGUCCAUCAUGUUCUUUGUUUGCUUCUGUACUUUGUACGUAAGACUCGUAGUAGUGGAUGUACGGCAUGGUCUGAAGGACUUUGAUUUUUAAUCAAGUCUAAUAGGGGGCAUGCUUGUGGGUCCUACUAAAGUAAGUGGGGGACUUUUGUAUCAUUGCGUGUUCUUUUCUUUUAAUAAUCACAUUCCGACCAAACGUGCUCUGUUCAGUUGUUUUCAUAUCAGUAAUGGAGUGUAGGGCUC